AUGUUACAAAUGAGAGCCGCCACCACGGGCUACUGCAUCCUCAAGAACGGCGGGAGCGCCGUGGACGCCGUGGAAGGGGCCGUGGUGGUCCUGGAGAACGACCCCGAGUUCAACGCAGGUUGUGGCUCUGUGUUGAACACAAUUGGUGAGGUUGAAAUGGAUGCGAGCAUCAUGGACGGGAAAGACCUGUCGGCGGGAGCCGUGUCCGCCGUCCGCUGCAUCGCAAACCCCAUCAAACUGGCCCGGCUGGUGAUGGAGAAGACAUCUCAUUGCUUCCUGACUGACCAUGGCGCAGCAAGAUUUGCCGCCUCCAUGGGGAUCCCACUGGUUCCCAGAGAGGACCUGGUGACGGAGAGAAACUUAAGGCACCUGGAAAAAGAGAAAAAGGGUCAACAUAAAACGGACUGCGAGAAACACCUGGGAACCGUGGGCGCUGUGGCCUUGGACAGCAAAGGGAAUGUGGCUUACGCAACCUCCACGGGGGGCACCAUUAAUAAGAUGGUUGGCCGCGUCGGGGACACACCGUGCAUCGGAUCUGGAGGUUACGCCGACAAUGACAUUGGAGCCAUUUCCACAACGGGGCACGGGGAGAGCAUCCUGAGGGUGAACCUGGCCCGGCUCACCCUUUUUUACGUGGAACAAGGGAAGACCCUGGAAGAGGCCGCAAAGACGGCGUUGGAGUAUAUGAAGUCGAGGGUCAGCGGCUUGGGCGGUGUCAUCGUGGUGAACAAGAAAGGAGACUGGGUGGCCAAGUGGACGUCCACCUCCAUGCCCUGGGCAGCGGCCAAGAACGGCAAGCUGCACUGCGGCAUCGACCUGGGGGACACCAGAGUCACUGACCUCAAGGCCGCGUGAGGCCAGGUCCCCGCGUGGAGCGGGGAGGGGGUGCCAGGGCGGGGGGCGCGGGGGUGUGGGCGGCGGCCGGCUCCCCGGUGUGGACACCUAGCGUAACCAAUUAGAUCUAGACAUGGAACACUGACGCAGUCUGGCCGUCGUUUUGUUGCCGUGAUCACUCCGUGUCAGAGGCCCUGGUAGAGGGGCAGACUCCGCAGAGAGGAGAGGAGGAGAGGGGGGACCGCGCCCCGUGGCCGGCGUCCCUGCAGGGCUGCGGGCAGCGAGAGAAGGAAGCUGCCGGCCUGCAGAAGGGCGGCAGGUGGGGGGGGCAGGGGGGCGGAGGUCAUAGGAGGUCAUAGGAGGUCAUAGGAGGUCAUAGGCAGGGUUUCAGGAUACCCGCUGAGUCGCAGAUGUUCCCUGGGCGGAGGGCAGGUGGGAAGGAGGAGUUAGAGAAGGGAUGUGGGCGUGAGGCAGGAGCCACGGAACCGCCGUGGUCUGUCCCCCGGCAGCUAGAGACCCCCGCUCAGCCGACUUUUCUAAGACCCUUCAGAGCCACACGUGUCCAGGGCCUUUCCGAGGUCCCUCUGGACGCCCCUGAGCUGGAGGUGGGGGGGUCACACCGAGGGACGGUGAGUCUGAGGGUUUCCUUGGGUUCCCAGAGGUGUCCACUCACCAGUGUCCCCCUGCGGGCCAGCACCUACCGCAGACCGUCCGGGUCCUCCCGGGGACCCGCCGGGGGCCCCUCUCCCCUCCAACAGGGCGAGAUCGUCGAGGUGAGCCAUGAGACUUCAUGCAUUCUGAGACUGUCCAGUGCUAUGGGGUCCCCCCCCCUCCCAUCACCACCCACCUCCAGCCAAACUGGGGGGUGGGGGAGCGGGGGAUGGUCCAGAAAGCCAUCUCCUUGGUGGAGAGUGUUCCCUGUUCAUUGCUCUUCAUCCCGCAAAUGGUCUUCGCGCCGUGGCGGUCUCUUCUGUUUCUCUUAACCCACCGGCGCAUGCCUCCUCUGUGGAAAGAAACUGCUUUCACGUGCCCACCCCAUGUGCCACUAAUAAAAUGUGUUUUGAACGACGA